AUGGACGCUACACGACCGCGAGUCUAUAUUAAUAACGCUUUCGAGGCUAUAUAUUAUCGGUUUUUCUUCGUUUAUAUACUGGCUGCUAUCAGUGUUGGAAUAUUCGUUGCCUACAACGACCCGCCCCUUUUGUCUCUGUUCUUGAUGAAUCUUGGAAGUGGUACCGAAGCAGCAUCUUUAUUCAUUCUUGCAACGGAGAAUAUGAAGGUAGUAGGAUUUCCACAUCUCAUCAACGCUCUCCUUGUGACCACCAUCUUUUUAGCUAGAAAUAAAUACAUACAUGUAUUGUUCGAGCCAAAGUUCAUACGGAUUCUCCCUGGACGGCCGGGAACCAAGGUUUCUGAAAAAUGCACCAAGAACGGAGCCCCGAUAUACUGUGUAAUCAGCGUUAUGUGCUUUCCCUUGCUGUCCCUACUGUCACUCAGCAAUGGAACUUGGCAAGCGCUUACUUGGCUCACAAAUCUCAUCACCGCCGGACCUAUUAUUGUCUACAUCGUUGUCUGUGUUACAUACAUCUUUUUCUCCCGCGCCUGCCAAGCACAGUCUGUUGAUCGCAAGGCAUUCCCCUACUUUGGUCGCUUCCAGCCGGACAGUGCCUGGAUUGGAUUGAUUGGAGAAUGUCUCAUCGUUAUCUUCUACGGCUACUCCAGCUUCAUUGCUUGGGACGUGUCGAACUACUUCACUCACUGUACCAUGCUUAUUUUGGCGCCGGUACUGUACUUCUCCUGGAAGAUAUUCUGGCUUACUAGAGUGAGGCCAAUGAUCGAUGCGUAUGAGGCGGGACUUACAUCUCCGCCGAAGUGGUUCUGGGCUGAGAUACUGGAGACAGUUGGGUGGAGACGAGACUCCAAAAAUCAGGAGGUCUCGAACGGUUGUUGA